AUGAUCAACACUUCAUAUGAUGACAAUCAACUGUUUGUAUUUCCUGACGAAAAUCCCCUAGUUCGUGCCUAUCUCGAUGUUGUUCGUGAUACUGUAUGCGGCUUAACUCUUCGCACAAGUGAACACGCUGUUGGUAUUGAUAAUCAAACGCAUCCAUUGGAUAUCAACCAACGAAUAAAAGGUUCAGAUUGGCCCUUGAUUGGUAUUACUAUGAUUGGACAAAAACGAUUGAUAAAUAUCGAAUGGGCAUUAAAAUUUGUUAUUUCGAAUAAAGUUCCGGGUGACUUUAUUGAAUGCGGUGUUUGGAGAGGUGGAAGUUCAAUAUUUGCUCGUGCUGUAUUAAAAGCAUUAAAUAAUCAUGACAAACAUGUAUGGUUAGCCGACUCAUUUCAAGGAUUACCAAAAGCGAGAACGCAGAAUGACAAUGAUAAUUGGUCGAAAAUAGAAUAUUUGAAAGUUUCACUUGAAGAAGUUCAAACGAAUUUUCGUGCAUUUAAUUUACUGGAUGAUCAUGUUCAUUUUUGUAAAGGAUAUUUUGUUGAUUCACUUCCUCGCUGUAAUAUUUCUUAA